GCAAAGGGGAAAGACCGUGAGGAGGCGGGGUGAGAAAACUUUGACAGGCGGCGCUUCAAAAAUGCUGCCCCUAUACCUUUCUUAAUGCACCAGCCUAAGGUUGUCUCUUCAACUUGAACACACAGCAGCUCACUGAUGGACGGCUCUCUCAAGCAUCGUUCUAGAUGAGCUGGCAUAAUUCAUCAACGCGUAUAACCUCUGCCACCUUCAAACAUCUCUCUGAAAAUCACAGAUGAAACUUCCCUCCUUUGGCAACAAUUAAAAUCAUGUCGAGACGCAAACUUGGCAGCCGACCGCAGCACUUGCGCGAAAUUCAAGAUGGCCCAGAGCUAGCUGCAUCUCCUCCACCACCACCACCACCACUACCAUCACAUCUGGACAGCAUCAUCUCCUCUACCUCUCCUCCACCUCUACCUCCACCUCCAUCUCUUCAUGCGCCUCCUCCUCCCGCUGGUCCUCCUCCUCCUGCUGCUAGGACCUCCUCCACCUCCUGCGGCGGCGGGCCCGGGCCCGAUGUCCUGACGUGUGGGCAGUGUGGCCAGGCCUUCCCGCUGGGCUGCAUCCUGGACUUCAUCCAGCACAAGCAGGGGGGCUGCGGCGGCCGCGACCCCAUCGCCAACGGGCACCGCCAGAGCCACAUGCCCCCGUCGCCCACCAGCUGCGUGUCCCGCAGUGGGAGUGGGAGGACGGCUGGAGGCGGAGGUGUUGGUGCUGGAGGUGUUGAUGGUGGUGGGCGUCACGGUGAUCAGGCUGGUAUGGCCUAUGUGGAGUUGAGGAGGAUCAUGAGCUCUUCCUCCUGGACUGGGGCCACGGGCAGGCAGCACCAAGCAGUGGCGGAGGAGGAGGAGGAGGAGGAGCCCUCCAGCUUCGUGUGCCAGGUGUGCCAGUCCAUCUUCCCCAGCGCCUGGAGCCUCCUGCAGCACGCCCAGCACACACACGCCCUCAACCUCUACCAGGUGGAUGACACGGACAUGGACAUCCAUGCCACCACCCCUGCCAUCACCACCACUACCCAGCAUCAACAGCUCCGCCGCUCCGGCCCCUCCUCGUCCAGAUCCAGCCGCCUGAACUUCUGUGACCGCCUUCGGGAGCUGGCAGAGGGCAGGGCAGCCGAGAGCGGGGACCAUGGGACCACCACCACCACCUCCUCUUCCUCUCCCUCCUCACCCAUGGGCUCUGCCUACCCCGUGGGUGGCUCCGGCUCUGGUGCUGCUGGCUCCCGUGCCCAUCUCGCCUGCGAGCGCUGUGGUCAGGUGUUCGGGUCCCCGCGGAGCCUGGCGGCUCACCAGCGCGCCCGCUCCUGCCACCGCCCCCACCGCUGUGGCCUCUGCAGCCGCUCCUUCUCCCACGGGCACCAGCUGGCGCAACACUUGCGGAGCUGCCACACCCACUCCGGAGCCGCCAGUGCCGCCGCGUCCGCGUCCGUUGCCCUGGGAGACGAGGUCUCGCUGCUGCAGCAGGGUCACCACGGCGAUGGAAUCAUGAUCAUCAACAACAACAACAACACUGGUGGGGGUGGUCAGGUGAUCAGCUCCAAACGGGGAGCACUGAUUGUGUUGUCGUCCCACUCCACCGCCCCUAGCAGAACCCAGUUGCAGUACUUCCAGCCGCGGCAGGGGGCGCUGGAGCACCAGGGGGGGGAGGUGCAGGGGGACGCGGACGAAUUCGAGGAGGAGGACGAGGAGGUGAAUCAGCAUCAGCAGCAGCAGCAGCCGUCCCCUCUGGGCACCUCCUCCUCCACCUCCUCGGAGGGCUCCGUGGAGAGCGCGGGGAGCGGCGAGAGCGGCAUCGCCAGUGGCAACUGCACCCCCAAGGGGGGCACCGCCGAGCCGGCCGAGUGGGAGGCCGCCGUGACCGACAACAAGGACACCUCCGCCGUGGCGACGGAUCAUGUGGUGUCGUCAUCGUGGCCGUCGCUAUUGGUGACCGUGAACAACAACAACAACGACGACGAGAGCGUUAAACGACAGCAGCGGGUGAAGACGGAGGGCGUCUCGGUCGUGGCGGUCUCCCAGCAACAGCAGAGGAAGAAGCGCGAGGAGGCGUGCGACUACUGCGGCAAAACGUUCCGCAACAGCAGCAACCUGACGGUGCACCGGCGCAGCCACACGGGCGAGCGGCCCUACCAGUGCUCGCUGUGCAGCUACGCCUGCGCCCAGAGCAGCAAGCUGACGCGCCACAUGAAGACGCACGGCGCCCGCCGCGGCCCCAACGGCACGGCCGCCACCACCGGACAGCCCGCCUUCCAAUGCCGCCUGUGCGGUGUGCCCUUCACCGUCUACGCCACGCUGGAGAAGCACCUGCGCAAGGCCCACGGCCUCAGCCACGCCAGCGCCGGCGCGUACCUGCUCUCCGGGAACGCCAGCGCCACUGGGAACGGGAAUGCAAAUAGCGAUGGCAAUGCUAAUAGCAAUGGGAAUGGGAAGGGGAAGGAGGAGGACAAGUCUGGAGUGCUUGUGGAGGACAGUGUGAUGGAGGAUCAGAAGAGUGUGGACGUGGAGAUGGGGAGCGAGGGAUGCAAGGAGGAGAGUGCUGAGGUGCCCGUUAUGCAGGAGGAGGCCACCAGUAUGGCUUGAUGACGCUAGCUUUCAUAAUAGUUAGAAGUCUGCACACAUUUAAAAUCCUUUUUGUUGUCUUUUAUUAUUUCAUGGCUGGAUUAUGCUUCGAAAUAAUGAAAGACAACAAAAAGGAUUUUAAGUGUGCGGACUUCUCACUCCGAAAACUACAGUCAGACUUUUGUCAGUCCUACACGGUUUCCUGGGAUGUGCAAAAUUGUCAACUUCAUCAUCAUGCUGAUAGUGAGCAACUUGUGGGUGAUGAGAACAUGGGGGAGCAUUGCAAGCUUGUCUUUCGUGCCACCCUGAUGCAACUAACAACACUGGAUUAAAAGGUGACAUUCUGACCAAAUCCCUGUGCCUGUGAGUUUGGGUCAAUAAAGUAAAAACAAAAAAUGGACAUAAAUAAAUAAAAAAAGUAGCAGUGGUUACUCUCGCUGUGGGUUGUUGUAGUGUCUGACGAUGAGACGAUGCUGCUGAACUCCAAGGAAUAUAUAAAAUACAGAAACUGCAUAGAAACAGUGACAAUGUAAGCACUUGGUAGAACUUCAUGGACUGCUGUACAACAGUACAAAGCACUGAAUAUUUUCCAGCAAAAAAGUGAAUAUUUGGUACAGUCUCUUCUUUCAGUAGUUUUUUAGUAGGAAAUGCAAAAAAUAGCACUGUUUUUUUUUUACUUAUGUUUACAACUGUGUAAACCAUUUGUUCUUCAUUUUGGAAUGUUUAUUGUACUCCCAGAGGAAUAACUUAACUUUGGAAAGAUGAACUUACUUGUUGGACGUGUACCAUAGAAUUACAUGGGUACUCUACAUGUUGUAUGUACAGUAUAGCUGUCUGUUUUUUUGCUGUGAAGCUUUUUUACAGUUGGUGACUAGCUGGUGAUCUCAGGGACUUGAUAUGUGUAAUAGGUUGGUUUUGUUUUGUUUAAAGUAAAGUGAUGAUGCAAUCAGGGG